AUGUUACUACCCAAAACAACCCUGUUAAAACUAAUAAAACCAAAACCGGUGCGUAAUUUACGUCUGUCGGCCCGUACGGAAACCCUCACGCCCGUACCACUUAGUUAUGCGACCUAUGAAGACACCACCACCGACACGAAGGAACACGCGCCCCCAUUGAUAAUACUCCACGGCCUCUUCGGCUCCAAGGCCAAUUUCAACUCCCUCUGUAAAGUGUACCAGCAGAAAACCUACCCCAAGCGCAAAAUAGUGGCCGUGGACUGCAGGAACCACGGCGACAGCCCCCACAGCCAAGACCACACGUAUGCACACAUGGCGGUCGACGUGAAGAAAUUACUGGGCGUUUUGAACGUUGAUAAAUGCGCACUGUUGGGACACUCGAUGGGGGGACGGGCCGUGAUGUUGUUCGCGUUGAAAUACCCUGAGCUGGUCGAACGGUUGAUAGUGGCGGACAUCAGUCCGGUCACACGCAACAAUUUGGAAACGAUGCCGCAGAUUUUGGCCGCGUUGGAGGGCGCCAAUUUGCCGGAGAACGUUACCCUGUCGCAGGCCAGGAAAGACGUGGACAAACAAUUGGCCAAAACGAUUGACAAUCAGUUUGUUAGGCAGUUUUUGUUGACGAAUCUGGUUCAGAGUGAUGAUGGUAAAAAGUAUAAAUGGAGGGUGAAUAUCCCUGUUUUAUUGUCCAAUUUUAACAACAUAUCAAAGUUUCCCACUACUGAUAGUCUAAAAUACACAGGACCCACUCUGUUUUUAGCAGGAGAACAUUCUGAUUACAUUCACAAGGAAGAUGUGCCAAAAAUAAAAGAAUUAUUUCCAAAAGCAGAAUUAGAAGUUAUUUCAGGUGCUGGACAUUGGUUACAUUCUGAAAAACCUUACGAUUUUCUGGAUUUAACCCUAGCAUUUUUAAAUGAUAAUUAAUUUGUUAUAUUAAGUGUAUAUUUUUGUUAAAAUUUUUCGUUAUACGUUGAUGAUUUUAAAUAAAUUAAACAUGCAUUUA